CAUGAAUAAUUUGAGGAUGUAAUGUAGUGUGGUAUGGCAUGAAGAAAUGACAUCUGUGCAUAUUUGUGCUAGCUAGCUAGAAAAUGAUCAACCCAUUGAUUCUAUUAUGUUUUCUUAUGGUUUUUUGAAUCCUAUCUAUAGUUUCAUUAAUUCCCAUAUUUGACCACACUAUAUUAUAUUAUAGAAAUGGAGUCACACACUCCUUCCACAAGUACAUCAACUAACUCUGUGUGUGUUUUUUUUAAUGGAUAUAUUAUAUAUAAUUCAUUUUCUUAUUAGCAUAAAUAUUUUAUAUUCACCAACUAAUAAAAAAUGUACAGAUAGAGAAGGACGAAGAGGGAUAUAUACAUGUGUUUUGUGUACUAUAUAUAUAGAAAACAUGUACGCCUAUUAAACAAGUUAAUUUUCGCCGUCAGAUCUGAAAGUACGGAUACUAAUAAUUAGUAGUCAUUCUCUCAAGGAUAACACAAUGUUAGCAUUGUAUUCUUCUUCAUCACCAUCAAUGGCGUUAUUAGAUCAUGGCAGAGCCACUGCUGACUUUGCAGAUUCAUUCUCCUUUUUUGCUCACAAUAAUAUCGACAAUAUUCAAUCUCUUUUCCAACAACAGCAACAAGAGAAUAAUAAGACAGCAGAGCUUAAUCCAUCUCUGCCGUCCACGACAGCUGUCACUGGUGAUGACCCCACGAUCAUUAAGAAGCUGUGUCACAAUGCUAGUGAGCGUGACCGUAGAAAGAGAAUCAACUCUCUCUAUUCCUCUCUCCGCUCUCUUCUUCCGGCAGCUGACCAAAUGAAAAAACUAAGCAAUCCAUCAACAAUUUCAAGAACCAUAAAAUACAUACCUGAGCUUCAAAAUCAAGUAAAAGGACUGAUUAAGAAAAAGGAAGAGCUUUUAUCGAGCAUGUCAAAGAGAGUGGAGCUUAUUUAUGAAGAAAGCCAUAAGAAAAGCUCCUUAUUAUCAGCUUGGAGAUCUUUGUGUAAUGUUUCAGUCAGUAGGCUUAAUGAUAGUGAAAUAGUGCUUCAAAUUUCCUGUUUUAAGGUUCAACAAACUCCAUUGUCCCAUAUUCUGAUUGAUCUAGAAGAAGAUGGAUUUUCGGUACUAAACGUUAAUUCUUUUGAGUCGUUUUUUGGGAGGGUCUUCUAUAAUAUUCAUUUACAGGUUGAAAAAUGUUCCAUAGAUGGAGCAAACAAUUUGAAUGCGAAAUUUUUAUCACCAUACUGAAUGACUGGAGAUCACUAAUUUUAGUUUGACCAUGAUAGUAUGCAAAUUAAUUAAUUUAAUGGAGAGCGUGCUAUUAAUUUAUUGGCUAUUUUGUUGAUAUGUUUCCUCGCUUAUGGUAUAUAUGGA